UCGUCGCAGAAGGAACUAAAAUUGAACGAAAUCGGCAAGGACACUCAACUUUAACACUGGCCGACUGCAUCCAUUGAUAAUUGUGCAUGGCAUAGACAAGAAAUGCAACAACAACACGUUCUGGCGUAGAAUAACUUAUUGGAGUUUUAUCAACAACAAACACUGCCAGCCAGCUGCAAAACGUGUUGAUAUCUCAGACAGUGAUGAUGAUAUAGAAGAUGUUUUGGCAGUACCAGGCGCCAGAAGAGAAUCUUCAAAAAGUACUGACAACGACAACUUUGAGCCACAUGCUGAAAUUGAACUCGAAGUUGAUGAUGAAACAUUUGCGGUCAUCGAAAAUGGAGGAGAACCUCGAGAUAAUGACGACACACAAAAUACAAGUAAAAACUCUGAAGAAAUGAUGAUUAAAAUGGAAAUUGAAUCAGAGGAAUUCCAAACAGAGCAUGAAGAAAAUGAUUCCAAGGCAAAGGAUACUUCGUCCAAGGACAGCGAUUGCGAGCUGUUAAUACCUAAAAUAGAACCCAUAGAAGUGGAUGAUGACUCGCAGCCCAAUGAACAACCAGCGACUGCGACUAAUGUUUCGAAUGCUGCAAGCACCAAUUCAACACCUAAUUUAGCGGGAAUUCUAAGUCAAACAAGUCGAUCCCAGAAUGGAGCUGUUGUGACUUUUCCAAAGUUUUCAAUGUCACAAAAUAGUGUGAUGAGUACAAUUACCACCAGUACAGCUACACCUGCCACGUCAUCAAAAAUAUCGGUUGUCUCGCCCACUAUCCUUAUGUCGCAAACAGGCCAACUAUCAGGCGCAAAUAUGCAGGCCCCAAGGCCCCAAAUGCGUAUAGGUGGUAAUAUACAGGCUUUAUUAGCAGCAUCAGGGUCGAGAUCAACAAUAACCGGAGCAAAUGGCAUGAAAUUUAUAUUGGUAAAUACAGGUGAUCAUCGGGGAACAACAAUGGCACCCACAAUGCCAGCGAUAUCCCCCCAAAGUCCCUCACAACAAAAUAUGAAAAGUAUUCCUCAAACGCAACAACAGCUACAUUCACAGCAGCACCAACAACAACAGCAAUCCCAACAACAUCAAAAGCCUUCAAAUCAUUUAAAAUCACAACACAAAUCUUCGCAUAGGACAGUCAUUCAAACGAGCUCAUCAAAAAAGCGCCUAGUGGAAUCUUCACCCGAUAGAGAUACAUUGCGAAGAAGAGAAUUGUCAGCAAUCAAAAGUACGCUGCAGAAACUUUUAAGGGCUCGUGAAGACUCCAAUGAAAUGCAAUCGCAGCGCUUAGCGUUGGAGAGAGAACGUUUACAGUUUGAUCGAACGAUAGCCGAAAAAUUUAUCGGUUUAUUCGAGCAAAAUCAGCAAAUUCAACAACAAUUGGCGCAGCAGCAACAACAACUACAACUUCUUUUGCAAAAGCCGCAAAUUCAACCAAGAUCUACAGCCCCACAGCAAAUAUUUACCACAACGAAUGCCUCAUCCAGUGUAUUGCAGAAUAAUCAAGGGCAAUUAAUGAUGCCGCAAAAGCUUUUGAUAACAACAAUGGUUCCCACAUCGGGCGCUGCCUCUGCCAACACAAAUGUUGCUGUCAACACAGGUUUGACUUCAAAGGUCCUAACGGCGACAAAUUUUAAAAACCUCACAACUUCGAUUAGCGUUGACAAACCACUGUUAAUACCCAAGGAGGAACCAAUUGAUUAAGUUGGUCGAUGUGUGCAUGGGGAAAAAAAUACAUAUAGAUUUUGUCGUGGACAUUACUAAACUUCGAUUGUGAUUAUUGAAUUUUGUAGGUUAUCGUGUCGAUCCUUUGCAUUCCAUCUACAAUACAAUUAUUGUCAUUAACUUAAAGUAACUUAACACUAUUCACUUAAAAAUUCUAGGUCUAAUCUUUAUAAUUUUACUGUAAAUCAUAAUUCAAGUUCCCAUUUAUAUAUGUACGAGCAUAAGUUGAUUCAUUUUGAACCUAUUUCAAUGUUUACGUUUUAGUACACAUAGGGCUAAUGCAUCGCAAUAAAUUUUUAAUUAAAACAACAA